CAUUAUCCUUCAUCAUGUGCAAACACAUCCUCAACGUUCAGGCAUCUAUUCGUGCCCCAUGCUGUAAGCAAUGGUUUGAUUGUGCAGAGUGCCAUGCAGAAGUCUCAGACCAUCCUCUUAGAAAGACUACUGAGAUGGUGUUCGGAUGUAAAAAAUGCAAAAAGGUGUUCCGUAAAGACAUGUCGAAUUUCGAAGAGGAAGAUGAAUAUUGUCCGCAUUGUGAUAACAAGUUCAUUGUAGAGGCCAAGACACCGCAGAUGGCUAUUGCUGUAGAAGGUCAUGAUGAGAGGAUGGGUGAAAGAUUUGAAAAAGACUUACGACUCAAAGAGGACAAUGUGAAGUCAGUCUUUGAUCCCAAUGCAGAUCUUUCACAUCUUUUAGGAUAACUGUUACACGGAGGGCAAAAAGAAAG